GCUGUUCCUUUUUCCAGAGGUUUAGCAAACAGCUGAAGCAACAAAUUUGGGGAGCAGUAUAAGGUUUGAGAAGAACAAAUAGUUGUUGAAGAAAAAACAGAGUGAGACUAGAGUGUUACUUGGAUACAGCAAAAGACAACACAACAUAAGGAAGGGCUGUGAGGAGAAGCAAAGGCAAAACGUUCAAGGUCUGGAAGGAUCUGUGUUUUUAGUGCACCUAGUGGUAAAGCAGUUCCGUUCCGUUUGCGGAUUCAGAAGUAUUUUCAGCUAUGCAUUUUGUGGUGUGACUUUUUGCAGAGAUUCAUUGAAGGCUAACGUCUGCAAAAUGUUGAGCACUACUAGCACUUGUCACUUGGAAAAGAUAAACUGAAGAACUCAAAUUCAAGAAAUGAUGAACGCCUAUUCCAAGUGGUUCUGAUUUCAGUGAUGUGUUUAAUGAUAUCAUAAGCAACUAUGGCUAUACCUUGCUCAAGACACGGCACCAAGAUGGAAUAGCAGAAUUAUACAGGGGUUUUUGUGCCACUUCAGUGUUCUACUUUCACGGAAAUGAACUCAAAAGAGAAAUGCAAAGGAUCCAUAUCUUCCCAGAAACUUACUGUGCCUUAUUGCCACUGGGCCUCAACUCAGACUCCUGUGAGUGCUGCUUCUAUUGUGGAAAAUAAUGCCAACUCUUAUGACACCAAAACUUUUGGAAUGGCAAGACCAAAACUUUUUCAGCAAGAUUCUUGGUUAGAAGAAAGGUUCUACAAGUUACCUGAAAGACCACAUUAUGGAAUAUCCAACCCUAUGUUUUCUGAGAAGGCUUACAAGGCUUAUGUCUACCUAUCUCCACGGUACACUGUGGAACAGGAAGAGGAAAUAAGUGUAGCUGAGUUGUUGUCCGGCAUUGACUCACUGAGUAGAGCUCUGAAGAAUGAGGAAAAAAAGGAGAAAUUUUCCUAUCUCAGCAGAUCCCUGGAUUUGCCAAGUUCUUCUCCCAGGCCAGGUGAUAUUCCUGGGUUUCAGAUCACACACAAAGGUAAAUUAUACCGGGACUGGAGAGGCAUGGUGGCUCCAAUUUCUGUGGAGGAGGAUGAUCGCAUGAGUCAAAAACAUGUGAGACUGAAGAAGAUAGACUUCCAAACCAACAAAAAUAAAUGUGCUGCAUUGAGUGGUAAACUAGAAAGGAAAAAUUUGAGUGAUAAAUGCCUUUCCCAGAAGAAGCUGAAGAAGAAUGUAACUCUCCUGGAAGUCUUCGAAGCUGCUUGUGAUAGUAGAAAGCAUCCUAGCAAUAGAGAAGAACUUAAAGCAGUCAUUUGCAUUCAAAGAUAUGUGAGAGGGUGGCUUGUACGUAGGGCAUUUAAGAGAGUAAAGAUCAAGUCAGCAAGUCAUGGGCCAUCCUUACUAGCAGCUGUAAAGUACUACCGUAACAUGAUGGCACGCAUUAAAAGUCGAACUGGUGUUUUGGAUCUGUCUACACCACUUCAUUAUUUUGAAUUAGAGGAGUGGAUGGACAAGAAAAAAUUUUAUGAAGAAAUGUUUUCCAAGAGAGAGUUUGACAGAAAAAUGGACAGAGAUCAUCUACCUGAAUUUUUUAGAGACUGCGGAUAUUUUAUACCUGCCAGUGGAGUACAUCGGAUCUUCCAGCUGGUCUUUCCAGCUUCUGCUUCUUCUGUAAGAAACAUCAAAAAGCAUCAAGCAGUUGAAAUGGCUUUCACAUUGUUUCCUCCUCUUGGUGCAAAAGUGAAGAAUGUAACUACAGUGCAGCUACCAUGGCUGAACCCUCUCAUGGAUGGAAGAGGUGGAUCCAAGAAAUCAGUAUUUUCUCAUCGAAAGUCAAAAAAGCCUGAUUUUCGAGUGUCAGCUGCAUUAGUGACUUCUUCAAUGAGAGAGCAGAAAGAAAUACUCCUCUCUGAUCAGAACUGAUGGCACACCAGCAGCUGGUUCAGCAUCCAGCCCACCUGGAGGUGAGAGGCAAUGGGGACCCUCUAAAAUAGAUGUGCUGCUCCAGGAGAAGUGUCCACCCACUGCCAACUGACUCUCUUUAGGAGUUUCCAGCUGUCCAUCACCAACUGUUCCAGCCCCUUCAGCCCAAAUAAGGUGCUGAAACAUCUGGCCAAAGGAAAGUAAUCAAUUAUCAUUUCUGAGAUAGAAACAACCGACUAGGUUAUCAGGUAACCACCCCCCUGUAAUCCUUCACGUAGUCUGAAGGCAUAGGCAGUUUGCAUAUGUACAACUUUUGCUAUUGCUUUAAGGGGGGCCUGGGGGCAGUGGAAAACUUGGAUAAGGGGAAAUCUAGCACUUGCUGAUGCUGCUCCUUGGAUUCUGCCUGCUUUCUCUCAGUGGAAGUAGUAGAGUAACUGGAAGGAUUCCUCUCUUCUGCCUUCUUAUGUCUUAAACAUAAAUGUAAAAGAUAAUGUUCUGAGUAGAUGCUGCUGCGGGACAUGCACUCUGGCUCCAUCCAUCUUCUAGAAGGAAAACACUUUUGUUUACCUUUGCCUGCUUCUGGAUUUGAAAAUAUAUGUAUUUUUUGCUUUUCUAUUCUAUUAUUUCUACUUUUAUUGUCUAUUAUUAAAUAAAACUUUCUAUUAUUUUUAUUAUA